AUGCGCGCUCUAACCGGACUUUAUUUGUCCACGGCCUGCUGCCUAUUCAGCCAAACACUCGCUUGGGAUCAAAAACCCGACGGCUACGAGGUGAUCGACGGUCCCGAUGGCCCCGAGUCCGUGGACGCAUGGCGUCGUAACUGGACCGCCUGGAAGAAAAUGGAGCUGAUCACCAACCGGUACAACCCGAACGACUCGUUCAACGUGUACAACAUCCAGCAAACUCAAUGGACGCAGCAGAAUUCCGUGCAGACGUUUAUUAUGAUGAACGACCGCUCCAUCUAUGAUCGCGAGACCAAGCAAUACACGGUCGACAAGGACGUGGAUGAGAUGCAGAGUCGUGUUGGCCCCAUUGACAGUGUGUUGAUCUGGCCUGCAUACCCGAACAUCGGUGGCGUCAUCGCUGACUUCCAUCGUCGAGGUGUCCGUGUGAUCAUCCCGUACAAUCCAUGGGAUAUUGGAGCUCGUGACGAGUCUGGACUGGUAGAAAUGGUACGCAUGUACAACGCCGACAUCACGACACUAACGGAGACGACCCCUGAGCUACUAGCGGACGGCUUCAACGGUGACACCAUGUACGGCGUUCCCAAGUCCUUCUACAACUGUAGUAACCCUUUAGUGGCAGCUCCCGAAGGUGGUGUACCCACUGCAUAUCUGAGCCAUAACCCGAUGAGUUGGGGGUACUUCUUCGGGUAUUCUCAUUUCCCACCCGUGGCACGUGCCAAGUUCCUGGAGUCGAGACAUAUGGUGCAGAUCUGUGCGCGUUGGUCUCUCGAUCGAACCGCCGAGUUGCUGACUGCUUUCUUCAAUGGCGCCGGGUACGUGGUGUGGGAGAAUGUAUGGGGUACCUGGAAUGCCAUGACCGAGCGUGAAGAUGAGACUGCCAAGAGAAUGUUUGCCAUUCUACGCAAGUUUGGAACUAUCGUCUCGACGGGUGCAUGGACUCCGUACUACGCCAUGAAGAGCGAUGGGCUGUUCGCUAGUGCUUUCACUCUGAGCAGUGAGUCGCUUUACACGGUGAUCAGUACUGUGCAGAAAGACAUGACGUACGAAGUGCCACUCCUUGCUGACCAGGCUGGCGAAGAUCCUCGUGCGCUUGGUGCAAUCUAUGGCACAAAAACCGGCAACGACGUGACCCAGUUUCUCAACGAGAUGCAAGCAAUGACCACCAAACCCCUAACUAAAUACUCGACGGCAAGGAAAUUGCUGCAACAGCAGCUUAUCCGCAGUAGCAGUAGCAAUACCUCGACGUCCUCGGAAAGCUCUCGACGGUAUGGUGCGUGUAUCGAACCCGUGUCGGCCUGGACUCCGAAUUUCGCUCAAUACGGAACGGGAGUGCAGUUUCCCUGGGAGAAUCGUCCAUGGAACAACCACUCGACGAGGCUGUUGGUCCAGGAUUUUCUGAUCGAUAAGCGUCCUGUGACCAACGCUCAAUAUUCGGCCUUCCUCAAGGCCAGUGGCUACAGUUUUAAUUCGCUGGACCGCUUUUUGCUGCACUGGGAGAACCGUCAAGGUGCUCCAGCAACGCUCAAGCUAUGUUGCUUCCAACGGUGA